UCCUCCGCGUUUUUACGUCGCGCGCGCGGAUACACGCGCUCGCCGCCGCGCGCGCGGAACCGUGUCCCCGGUGCCAGACAGCGGCGCGCGGAGCGAUCCUCGCGAUCCUGCUGCUGCUGCUGCUGUCGUCCCGUCCUGACCGGUGGUGCGUCGCGAUAUAGGUGGUGCGUGCACGACGACGCAUACGCGCGAGUACGCGUGAUAUACGCGCCGCCUGUCUCUCGGCCGCUUACGUUGCCUACGACAUACGGGAAAUACACGGCGCGGAGGGUGAGACGCUGGCCGGGGGUAGUGGUUGCGAGAGGGAGACGGUAGAAGAGAUCGAGCGAGAAAGAGAGAGAGAGAACGAGACGAGGGGAAACGAUCAGGAGGGGUGCGCGGGCACGAAGAGAACAGGAAGAAGGAGGGAGACAGAGGGAGACCGACGUGCUUACGACAUGUGUCCGUGCUGAGGAUCGUAUCCCCGACCGUGCCGACGUACGAGGGUGCGCCUUAAGGCUGGGUGACCGGCUCCGCCGCGGGUGAGGGCGCGGGGUGAGAGACGAACGAGGAGAAACAUAAAAGAAAAAUUUCUCGUCGUUCCCUUGGUGCCGUUCUUCAGGGUUUUCUCUCUCUCUCUCUCCCUCGCCGUCGUCUACGCGGGACCACCGAUGCAGACCUUACGGAAAAAAAGUCCGUGCAAGUUCAAGAAUGACCCAACCCGUUUCUUGGGGGGCGUAUCGUUUAAGGCGAAGCUGAUCGGCAUUCUGGAGGUAUCGGAAGCGCGCGGUGACCGAAUGUGCCAGGCGGCCUUGGCUGACCUGAAGAUGGCGAUUCGCGCCGCCGGUGAGCACAAGCAACGAAUUGCCGUUCAGGUCAGCAUAGACGGGCUUCGUUUGAGGGACGAAAAGACGGGGGACUGCCUGUACCAUCAUCCAGUGCAUAAAAUAUCGUUUAUCGCCCAAGAUAUGAGCGACUCGAGAGCCUUCGGAUAUAUUUUCGGUUCACCGGAUACCGGACAUCGAUUCUUCGGCAUUAAAACUGACAAGGCGGCAAGUCAGGUGGUGAUAGCGAUGCGGGACUUAUUUCAAGUGGUGUUCGAGCUGAAGAAGAAGGAGAUCGAGCUGGCGAAACAGCACAUAGAGCAGAAUGCCAUUAACGCGAUUAAAUUCCACACCGGCGGUAUUUUCGUUGAGUCGACGCCUGACACUAAGGGCGCAGCGGGCACCGAGUCAUCGUUUCAUCGAAUUCGCACGACUAACUGCGAAGUCGACAAGACCGCCGAUCGCAAGAACGAAUCACAGAGCGGCGUGAUCGCGGAUCUGUUAGAUCUGCAAUUCGAACUGAACUCACUACAGCAGGGCAUUCACCAGAUGGACAAAAUUACGCCGGAAAAUCCCGUACCGUCUACCGACGAUCUAUUCGAGACCGAUCCGUUCGGUGAUUCUUUCGCAAACAUGAAGCUUCAGGAUACAGUUCGUCCAAUUUUGCCACCGCCUCCCUCCUCGACAAAGAGAGGCCAUUUGGAACGACAACACACUGUACCGGUACCACCCGCAUCGACCACUUCCAGUCCGGCGACGACGUUAGUUAGUAAAACACCACCACCGCAGAAUACGAUUCACUGGUUCGACAAGGAGACCGAAAAUCUCUUCAACGACAACGAGAUAACGAAUCUGAGUAAAAAUUCGACAACGAAGAAGGACGAGGAGGAGAACAGCUCGGUGGAGACCACACCACGCAAUACUCAGACGAAAAGCCCGCAGAUCGACGUGUUCACGGAAUUGGAUCCGUUGGGGACCGGUCUGAUCAAGCCUUACGUAGACAAGAAGGACUUUUUCCAGCACCUGAAAAAUCCACCGAAAAAGGUCCUCAAGGAUCUGGUGUCUACUAGUUCCACCGACAGCUUUCCGACGAAUUUCAAUAUCACGACCAGUACAGAUUGCAUAGAGUCGACAAAGACCGAUCAAUCGUCGAAGGACAGCGAGGAUAGCAACUUUGCCAAUUUUGAUCGAUUCGACGAGAACGAGGCGAGUCAAUCCUCUCUGCAAAAAAUUGAUUCGCCACCGAAGAAAGAGACGGCCUCUCGGGCGAUACAUCAUCAGCCUCUAUCGGUGUCGUUGCCACCGGAGGAGACGACGUUGCCCAAAGGAACGAAUACGUCUACGAUCGCUUCGGGGGGGAGCUCGAUUCUUCGCAGCAUGGAUAGAGACUCGACGGAGUCGACGCAGGGAUUGGUGAAGUUACCGAGUCCGAAAAAGUAUCUUCAGUCAGUACGAAAAAGGGACUUCGACAUCGAUUUGCCAGGCGGCAAGACACAACCCGUGGAAUCGAACAAGCCUUUCCCGGUAGAUUUCUCAGUGACGAGCGAGUCGCCGGCAUCGCCGUUGCGUUCUUGCUCGUCGGAUGCCAACUCGCGUCUAUCCAGCUCGAGUGCGGAACUAGACCUGGUCCCAGAACCACCACCCAGAGGCGCAGGUAGCAUUCUUAUCAAUCCGCCACCUUUACCGCCGAAGAAACAAGGGGCCCGAGGGGGCGCGAGACCGCCGCCUAGACCCCCGCACACGGAGGGACAUUUCCAAUACGAUUUUCCGCCACGCGAGGCUUCGCCUUCGCCCACUAAGAUCGCCAAGGAUAAAAAUAAAAGCCCGCCGAAAGACAUCAAGAGUCAUCAGUUCGACGACAACUUCAGUCCGCCUCCGCAAAUAUCCGGCAAGUCGGAUCUUAUGAUUACGACGACCACUGCCUCCGCCUUCGAGGAUUCCUUCAAUACGAUGAUAUCCACGACGUCAUUGUCGUCUGUGCCCUUUACCAGCAGUACGACCAUCCCGGCCACAGACUCCAAGAGAAUGAAACCGCCUCUCGAUAUCACGCUCAGCCAGCUAACGUCGUCAUGGACGAAUCUGGACGAGUUGGCCUCCAGUCUCGGCAUGACGGUCCAGCAGCUGACCAGUCUGACUUUGACACAGCUCACGCAAUGUUUGGCGAAUUUGUCAACAAAGGAAACCACCGUCGACGAUGGGGAUGAAGCUACUGUUCCGCCAAUAACGACAACGUCAACGACGAUGAAGGAACAAGCGGUGAUUUCACCCAAAUCUACGAUGUCGUCGCUAUCAUCGUUGGCGUCAAAGCCGCUCGAGACGACGACUGGAUUAAAUUCGACUUCCUUCGUAACCUCGGAAUCUUUUAAAGCUAACUAUGAACCAAAACAGGAGUCUACAUAUGACAAAUACGCAGUUUUCCGCGAAUUGUUGGAGAUGGAGCAGAUGGAGCAGAAGGAAGAGACGAAGAUCGAAGAGACAACUGAAAAAGAAGAGUCGCUCAACAACAGCGAGCAAACUUCCGACGAAGUGGAAGUUCAAUCUGAAAUACAGACCAGCGAUAGCAUCACGAAUUCUAUAGCUUCGUUGGUGAAUCUAACCGUCAAGCUGCCGGCCAAGAAUGAGAAUUUGUUGAACGAAGGGUUCGCGAAGAUGGACGAGACAGUGACUAGCUCCCUUGCAAAUCUGACAGCGGAAAAGGAAAAGCCGGCAGAAAUCGAAGACAGAGAAAUCGAGAAAGAGAACGAAGUGAUGGCGGAUGCGGAUAUCACGUCUGAUUCGUCUACGGUCCAGCAGACAGAGAUAGAUGUUGAGGAUGAUGAGAAAACGCAAACCAUCAUGGAGGCGGAAGAGAGGGCGGAAAAUUCUGAGAGAGGAAGCGACGCCAAUGGCACUUCGUCUGACAAGGUCGGCUCGGAUAUACUCAACGAUGAAACGAAUGGCUCAUCUGUGGCCGAAAGAUCCUCGACGGAGGUGAAAUCCUCGGCGUCAACGUCGAGCGACAGAUACGCUGCCUUACGAGAAAUAAUCGGCGAACCAGAACCGGUGCCAAUCAAGAGGGAUGACGAAGAAAUAAUAAGUUCCGCCCGGGCGUCGCCGGUAAUACAGCCUCAGCAACAGAUUCAACAAUCGAGGAGUAUGGCCGAAGUGGAAUUGUUGAAUUUGUUUUCGGACAACCUGCCGCCACCGUCGAGUCCCAAUAUUUCAGCUAAGAAAGAUUCGGAAGAUCUAAAGGCCGUGGCGAUGGACAUCUUUGAGGAAAUCAAGAUGUUGAAUACCGGCACGCAUCGUGCCAAGGAAACCAAGCCGCUUUCAGGCUUCGAAGAUAUGUUCUGCCCGUUCGCAGAGACAACACGGUUAGACAAAGAUGACAACAAAGAGGACAGCAAUUGGGCGAAAUUCGACACGGGUAUCUUUGGCUCGUCCGACAGAUCAUCGUGCGAGGGACAACGAUCGAUAGGUGGCACUUCGCCGUGGUCACCGGAUGGCAAGGAUUUCCACAGGGAGAUUCCGUUCAAGGGAAGCGGCGGUUACCGACACUCGGGGGAUAGCGACAACGAAUGGAAAGACGAAGAGGAGAGUGAAGAGAGCAAUGGCAGGGUGCGAGGAGACGGCAGAUACUGGUCCGGAUCUCGGCAUCCGCGAAUCGACGCGCCCGGCUUCGAGGAUAGGUCGUUUUACGACGAUGUUGACAAGCGAGAUCGCAGCUUCCGCGAUCGGAUGGGCAGGAAGUCACGUGGCGCGCCGUGGGCCAAGAGCAGCGGCGUUCAUCGACCGCGCGACCCGUCACCCUGGCACGAAGAGAGUCAGUGGGAAGAUGAAGGUCCGCGGCGGACCUAUCCGCAUCGGAAGAUGCAACCCUACAAAGAUGAUGAAGAUCAGUACGAAACGCAUUGGAAGUGCCGGCCGAAACCACCGAUACCGCCGCAGCGGUGCAAUUGGAGUCACGAUUCGUACUACGACGACGAGCGUAAACGGAAGCUGAUGCUAUGGAAUGAGGAGGAUCGGUUUGGCAGCAGUCAGGAAAGCUGCUACGACGAGGAGGACCGGUGGAGUAGGAAAAGAUGGGAGAGAAGACGAUGGGAGGAGGAGAGCAGAUUCUGGGGGAGAAGGGGACCUCCAGACGCCGAUUAUCCUAUGAGAGAGGCGUACUAUUACUAUCGCGAUAGCCGAGAGAGACCUCACGAUUAUCCGUCCUGGGACGAGGAGUACGGCCCGGAACGUCCAGGCGACGACUCGCCCAGGUACAAUCCGGCGGGUAGGAAGAGAUACUGGCCGAAGAGACCUAACAGCGCGAACGACGGCCGUAAUAGCGAUAUGUUGUACGCGGAUCCGCGCAAGUUCGGCGCCUCCAGAUCCGAGUGCAGCGACAAUGACUCCGAUCCGUAUUUGCGACCCUCCCAACGUUCCAGGAGCCGCGAGAGCUACUGGGGCAGCGAUCAGGAAUACGACAGCUGGGUGGAACGGCCCUAUUGGUCCGAAGGUCCCGACUCAAAGAGCGAGACGAUGCAUCGCAAACGGAUAGCCAGGCACAAGACGCGACAAGUGCAAAAGACCCAGAGCCCGUUCGAGGACGACUUCGCGCAGAGCAUCGAGCACAUGGAGACACCCGGCGUCGGUUCGAGCGGAGCGGCGGAGCCGCUGGCGCCGAUGGACGCGCGCGUACGAUUGGACACGGCUGAUCAGAAACGAGAAUUGCCGCCCGCGAGUCCCUCAUCCGGCGUCAGGAGCCUCAAGGAUCCCAGGCGGGAUAUCCCCGUGCGGGAGUACAGCAAACGAUCGAGCUACUUUGAGGACGAUCUCACGCCCACAGCGAGCGCGUCCAGCGACGCGUCUGAUCGACAGAGGUUGUCAUCCGAACUCAAAGCCACACCGGAGGAGUUGCCGUGCGACACCAAGGACCCACAGCAGCCCAUUGACGGCUUCGUCUCGGAGGACAGUGGCCGCGACUCCUUCUUCAACGGCGACCUAAGAUUCGACGACGACGCCUUCGUCUUCAAGUCCGAGCUAGACGACAAUGUGCCGGACCACCGUGCCACUACGUUACCUCUGAAGAACUCCAGGCAAGGAAAAUACGGGCCGGGAAAUAACAAUAAUAAUAAUAAGGCCAGGGGCGAUCAAUAUAUCAGAAAGUCGGAGUCGGUGAAUAUCUUCGCGAGAGAGAACGAUCCGUUCGACGGAGACGAUUUCUUCAACUGAUCUGUCGAGCGCACGACGACAGUAAGAGUCGCUCGCUAAAACCCCGCAUUGAAUUCGGUGACACUGAUGUGGACUAGACAAUUGGAACUUGGAUAAAUUAGAGGGAGAAGGAGAGAACGAGUAGGAGAACAAAGAGAUGGUUUUCAUUGCACACUCGGAAAACGUCGGCGGAUCGUGAGAAACGGUGGAAUCUACGCUACGAUACUUGGUUCUCCUCUAGUCGGAACUCGGCUAUAGCAAAUUUUAACGUAGCGAAAUUAAGAGAAGAGUUUUGGAAUGCGGCUCGAACAUAUCCGAAGGAAUUGUUGUCAACGGCGAGUUUUUCGCGCUUCUCUUAUUUCACGAAAUUCUUUUAAAAAUCUGCUCUUAUACGUCUCAGAGAGUCCGGUACACGAUUAUAAAAUUUUCUUGUAUUUUAUCUUACUAUUAGAUUGUUAUUAGAUUAAUUCGAAACACAUAUGCCUGCACUUCUCGAUGGAAACAAAUUCGUUUUCCUGAAGAAAAGGCCGAAAUGCGAUAUUUGCGAAAAAUCGAUUAUCUUCAAGUUUUUGUUCAAAAGUUCUGAUAAAUUUCGAAACACAGCAAUUCCAUAAAGAAACUAGUCACUAUUCUAAUAAUCUGUAUAUAAUAUUAUUGAUGUAUUAGAAUCAAUAUGUCUCUUCUCUUAGAGAGUAGAGAGAGAGAGAGAGAGAGA